CUGUCAUAACCAAGAGAGAUGACAGAGGACCCAGGAACUGUGGCUGCUACAACAACAGACUACAGUGAUUACUACGACCAAUAUGACAAAGACAUUGCAUCACCAUGCAAUAAUGGCAACACAAAGGCCUUCAGCGAGGUUUUCCUUCCCACCCUGUAUAGCAUCGUUUUCAUUCUUGGCUUCAUCGGAAAUGGCCUGGUAGUGUGGGUCCUGAUCAGAUACCGUCAAAAAUCCAACAUGACAGAUGUGUGCCUCUUCAACCUAGCCCUAUCUGACCUACUCUUUCUUGCGUCACUCCCUUUUUGGGCUCACAGUGCCAUGGACGAGUGGAUUUUUGGCAAAUUCAUGUGUCAUACCAUAACAGGUCUCUUCAUGAUGGGUCUGUAUGGUAGCAUCUUCUUCAUGGUCCUUAUGACACUGGAUCGCUACGUUGUCAUCGUCCAUGCCCAUAGUAUCUUUUCCAGAAAUCGGUCUGCAAAAAUGGGUUUGGUUCUGGCCUCAUUUGUAUGGGUUCUCACUCUGUUUGCAUCCCUCCCUAAUAUUAUUUUUGCCAAAGAGAAAACGGAGGUAAGCACCAAAACAUCAUGCGGAUCUGAUUUUCCUGAAGGUACAGCCUGGAUGUCAUUUACUUACCUUAAGAUGAACUUCCUGAGCUUGAUUUUCCCUCUGAUUAUUAUGGGCUUUUGCUAUUCCCGGAUCAUCCCUACUCUGCUCAGCAUAAAAUCACAAAAAAGGCACAAAGUCAUUAGACUCAUCCUGGCUGUGGUGGCAGUUUAUUUCGUCUUCUGGACUCCAUACAACAUUGUCAUGUUUCUUAUGUUCCUGCAGAAGCAAAGUUACUUGCUUUCUUGUGAGUGGCAUACUAGUUUAAGCCUUGCCAUGCAAUGGGUGGAAACAAUCGCCUUAAGCCACUGUUGCCUUAACCCUAUCAUCUAUGCCUUUGCCGGACAGAAGUUCAGAAGAGCAGUUCUUAAAGUCUUAAAAGAGCAGUUUCCAUUGUGCUUCAGCCAGUGCACCACUUUGUCUCGACAGUUAUCUGAACGCAGAAGUUCAGUCUUCAGCAAAUCUACUGAAUAUUCCUCCACGCAGAUUGCAUAGAGCAAACUU